AUGGCUACAUUCCACUCUCCUCACUCACAAUCAGUGACUGCUCCGCAUUCCACCUGCGCUACGACCGACCGGCCGUCCCACCUAUCUUCAGCAAACGACCCAGCUGUCCAGUAUUCCCACCACAAUUACAAUAUCUCGCCCAGAACGCAGGACGAUUCCUCGGCCACUGAAGAAAACAAUGAGUUCACCGAAGAGGAUAAUCUACGGCGUAAUGCCGAGACUGCCUCAAGCCGCUCCUCGAUCAGCUCCUUCCCUGCGUCUGUGGCUCCAAACGCAACUUUUUCCCCAACGAAGAAGCCCAAGCUUCAAGAUUUGAGUAUUGGUAGUCCUAGUGAUGAAGCGAAUGGGAGAAGAUGGCGGCAAUCACCAUUCCGCAAUCCAAGCUCUGUACGUAGCAUACAGAUGCGAGAUGAGGACGAUGCCAUCUCGCACCAUGGUAAAAGAACCUCUCGGAUAUCAAGAAACAUGUCUACAAUGUCAGCAAGAUCCCCUGGCUCAAUAUCUCAGACCAAACGACGUAGCGAUGCGGAGAGCUUGCUGUCACCCAAAAAUGCCAAGGUGAAAAAGGAGUUUCCUUUGGUAUUACUUCACUGCUCCCUUUUACCUCCUACUAUGCCCAUACAGGCAAGAAUCUCCGAUGCAGUAUUGAUGCAGGCUGUUUUACCAGAGGAAUAUUGGCAGCGGUGGAAACUACUAUGCGACAAGAUCACGAAUGAUAUUGAGAUUCAGGGCAGAGGCGUGCUGAUUCCGCACCCUAAGGCUGAUUAUGAGCUUCUGGAGGAAAGGCUGUUGGAGAGCCUGGAGCUCGCGGAACCACGAGUAAGGUCAGGGCACUUUUUCGGAAAUGAAGACGUUGAUGUGGUUGAAGAAAGUGAGAGCGACACCGAAACAGCCAGACAGGGCACUAAAUGUCAAGAUUGUGGGAGGAGAGUAGUGGAAAACACUACACGAGAUCGAGAAUGGGAGGUCAAGGUAUAUGCUGCGAAUGGACUGAUGCGAGCCGGAGCCUGGUCUGCUGCCUGGAAUGAGAUGGAAAAGGUCGAUGUGGAAGUUAGUGUGAGCUUACCACAAGAUAUAAGAAGAGAGGUGGAAGAAAGAUGCUUACGUCUAGGAUUUGACCAUGAACCGGAAGCAGAAGUUGUGAAUGGGUACGAGCCUUCUGACGCGGAGAGACGGAGGAGAGAGGUAUAUGGCACAUCCAAGCAUGAUCCACAAGAGAAGAUCGACGGCCUUUUCGAAGCAAGCGGUUCUCAUAAUGAUGCUCAUCAGGAGGCCGUUCGAUCGCAGCUUCAUUAUCAACAUCACGUCCCGCCUCCAACUAUCGAGCUCCGGCACCUCUUUAUCAGUUACGUCAGCCUUCUUGCGCAAGACAGGCGCAACGUGGUCAUUGCUGUCUUGAGCUUGGCUGUGCUAUUCUUUGCAUUUGGUACUUCCCCGCCGCCACAGCAAGGGGUCGGCUGGAGUAAGGUACCUGUCAACGUUUCUGUACCACCUUCGGAAGUUGUUCCACAUUGCACCCACGUUUCCAUAUCGUCUGUGAUACCUGCACCAGUGGUGCCAACAUCGAUUCUGCCUGCGGACAGCACUCCGACAUCAAAGGAUUGUGUCAGAUUAACAGAAUGCAACAAACCAAUGAUUCCGGUGCAUUCCCCAGUGGUGGUACAGGAAGCUGGCAUUUCAAGCUUGAAGGGCUCUGUUAUUCUAGCAGAAUGCAAUCAACCAACGACGUCCGCUGCUGGUGCGGGUGCCGCGAAUGUGCAAGCACCUACUGCUGACAGGAACCAAGAGUUUGUGGGUGAGACAGUUUUGUAG